UCGCCCAGCGCCUCCGGGGCCGGCGAGCGCGGGGUUGGUUCUCCCUCCGCCGCCCGUCCGCCCCGUCGCGCCGGACUUUGCCCGCUCCUUGGCCCCGCCUCGUGGGAGCCGGUGGGGAGAGUCACCAAGGGUCCUUCCCAAGUGGCCCCGGGCGGAGGCUGCUGCGCUCUCGUGCGCCCUGAGCGCCACCGGAGCUGCUCUUUGUUCCCGGGCUGAUGAAGAGGCGAGGAAACUUUUGUUUGUUUGUUUGUUUGCGCUCCUUGCCAGGCGGCCUGCCCCUCCCCCCCUUCGAUCCCUGAGAAGAUCUGGAUUGCAGAAGACUUCCAGGAGCCGACGGGAGCCCCUGCCCCACCCUGGCGCUCGAGGUCUUGUUUUCUGCCCCCUCCAGCCGCUCUCACCAGGGACUAGAAGACUGGCGCCUUCCUCCCCGGUGACUGAGCCCCAGCGCGGCUCUGCUCUCCUCCACCAGGGACCCGAGGCUCCGGACUGUGUUUGAACCGCAUGGACUACUAAGGAGCUGGAUCCCGCCCGAUCCCGCAGCGGCAGGUUGCUCUGCUAAGAUCAUGCAAAAAGACCCCGACGCACUCCUCCACGCCCUGUCCCGGCAGCCGCUCAACGCGGAGCCUCUGGCUUGGCCUCGCCACCAGGGCGACGUCCAGGUGACGGUGCGGAGGCCCAGAUCCCGAGCUGGGGACUUCGCUGCUCCCAGAGCUGCGCUGAGGAAGACCUUGGUGGCUGUGGAUGUCGUGUGCCUGCUCGUGGCAUCCAUCCCGUUCUUCAUCUGCGAGGUUGGCCUCGUUUCCCCCAUGCGCCGCGGCUUCUUCUGCAAUGACAGCAGCAUCAGGUACCCACUGCAGCGUGCUGAGACCGUCAGCGACUCUGUGCUCAUCUCCGUGGGAAUCCUCAUUGCCUGUCUAGUGAUCACCCUGGGCGAAAGCUGCCGUGUGUACAGCCUGCCCCACAGCUCACGCUCCAUAGUCUCCAACCGUUACGUGGCUGCCCUCUACAAGGAGAUCGGGGCCUUCCUCUUUGGCUGCACCGUGGGCCAGUCACUAACCAACAUGGCCAAGGUUGCGGUGGGCCGCCUCCGUCCACACUUCCUGGCCGCCUGCAGGCCUGACUUUGCUCACAUCAACUGCUCUGCUGGAUACCUCGAGGACUACAUCUGCACUGGUGGCCCCUCGGAGGAAAAAGAAGCUAGGAAGUCCUUCUACUCCGGCCAUGCCUCCUUUGCCAUGUAUACAAUGAUGUACCUGGUGUUUUACUUGCAGGCCCGUUUUACGUGGCGGGGAGCUCGACUGCUUCGUCCAUUGGUCCAGUUUGUGAUGCUGAUGCUAGCAUUGUACACAGGACUGACCCGCAUCUCUGACUACAGGCACCACCCGUCUGAUGUGGUGGUGGGGCUGCUGCAGGGGGCACUUGUGGCUUGCUGGGUGGCCUUCCAUGUAUCCAGCAUGUUUCACCGCAAGCACCAGCCUCGCCACCUGCCCCCAGCCGCCUUGGACACUCCCAGUUCAGACUGCCACACCGAUUGCUAGGGCAUGUUCACUGGGGGUCAGAGACACUACUCUUGUCUGGCUGACUACAGGAGCCUCGGACUGUUGGCGCCGGUUGAUUUGCAUUCACUGCCACGCUGCCCGCAUAGGCACCAGUCGGGGCAGCCACUGCCAUGCUCACUACCAUGCCAACAUCCACUGCUGCACCAACUGCUGGAAGCACCAAAAAGAGGGAAAGGGAGCCAUUCCCUCCUGGCUGUUAGGGCACUUCUGUGCCAGAGAUCCCUCUUGUCUUCACAGUGAUGGACAGGGCACUCUUGUUAUCCCUUUGGGUUUGUACACAUGACACCACUCCCUUAUGAGCUUCCCCUCUAUCAAAGGAUCCAGUGAUCACAUCACCACUGCCAGUUGGGUUUCCUUCUAGACGAUAUUCGCAAGGGAAGGAAAUCCCCCGUAUAUAUAUUUUUCGACGCAGGAAGAUCUGCCCUUCCUCCUCGCUCACACUGGGAUGAUCUCACCCUUGAAACAUUAUGCACUCGGGCUGCGUUGCUAGGAGAAAGGCGGGCGCCUCUCCUCGAGAAUCCAGUCUCUGCUGCACUAGUGAUGUCUCUCAGCUGCUUGAAAGGCCAAGUGAUGUGUCUGGCAGAAGCAUAUUCAUGAAAGAAUGAACCACAGGCUUGGGAGGCGGAGUUGGGAGGAAAGUGCCUGGAAAAUCAUGGAGGGACCUGCAUUGUUCAUACCAGGGCACCCCAAUGCUACCAGAUACCUCCCACCCUCCACCCCACCCAACGCUUCCGCUCCCCAUAAUGUGAAAUGUAUUUUGUUUUUUGUAAUAAAUGGUACUGACAAUCA